UACUGUGGCAGGAAGCACUCAGCUUUACCAAGAUGUUGAGGAUAAUGAAGAGAAUUCUGCUGCUGCUCCAUUUGUGCAGUUACUUUAGUGCUGGGAGCUGUGGGAAGGUGCUGGUGUGGCCCAUGGAGUAUAGCCACUGGUUGAAUGUACAUGUGAUCCUCACUGAACUUGUACAGCGGGGCCAUGAGGUGACAGUCCUCAGACCUUCAUCUGCUGUUUUUCUUAAUCUCAAUAGUCCAUCCGAUAUAAAAUUUGAAACUUUUCCUACAUGUUCCAAUACAGAAGAAAUGAUGAUUUUUCUUCAAGGAAUGCUUGAUACCUGGAUAUAUACCAUGUCAAAGUACCCCUACUGGAAAUAUUUGCCACAGCUGCAAGACAUGUUCUGGGAGUUUUCUGAUGUUUAUUAUAACAUUACUAAAGGUGCAGUUCUGAACAAGAAACUUCUUACAAAAUUACAAGAAUCAAAGUUUGACGUCCUUCUUGCAGAUGCCAUGUUUCCUGGUGGGGACCUGAUGGCUGAACUACUGAAAAUUCCUUUAGUGUACACCCUCCGCUUCUCUCCUGGUUACACAUAUGAAAAGUACAAUGCAGGCCUUCUAUUUCCUCCUUCUUAUGUACCUGUUAUUCUGUCAAGACUAAGCGGUCAAAUGACUUUCAUGGAGAGGGUGAAAAAUAUGCUGCACUUGCUGUAUUUUGACUUCUGGUUUCAGACAUUUAAUGAGAAGAAGUGGAGUCAAUUUUACACUGAAAUUUUAGGGAGACCCACUACAUUAUCACAGAGUAUGGCAAAAGCAGAAAUGUGGCUCAUUCGAUCCUACUGGGAUUUGGAAUUUCCUCGCCCCACCUUGCCAAAUACUGAGUUUGUUGGUGGACUCCACUGCAAACCUGCCAAACCUUUGCCUAAGGAAAUGGAAGAGUUUGUGCAGAGCUCUGGAGAACAUGGUAUUGUGGUGUUUUCUCUAGGGUCGAUGAUCUACAACCUAACAGAAGAGAGGGCCAAUGUGAUUGCUUCAGCUCUUGCUCAGCUUCCCCAAAAGGUUAUUUGGAGAUACAGUGGCAAGACACCUGAUACCUUACAAGCCAAUACUCAACUGCAUGACUGGAUCCCCCAGAAUGACCUACUCGGUCAUCCCAAAACCAAAGCUUUUGUAACUCAUGGAGGAGCCAAUGGUGUCUACGAUGCCAUCAACCAUGGGGUCCCUAUGGUGGGGAUUCCUUUGUUUGGGGAACAGCAUGAUAACAUUGCUCACAUGGAAGCUAAAGGAACAGCUGUUGCAUUGGAUUUCCAGACAAUGUCAACUACAGAUUUGGUCAAUGCACUAAAGGAAGUCAUGAACAACCCUUCCUUUAAAGAGAAUGUCAUGAGGUUAUCGACCAUUCACCAUGACCAGCCAGUGAAGCCCCUGGACCGAGCAAUCUUCUGGAUCGAGUUUGUCAUGCAUCACAAAGGGGCCAAGCACCUGCGGCCACUCGCCCAGAACCUCACCUGGUACCAGUACCACUCUUUGGAUGUGAUUGGCUUCCUGCUGGCUUGUGUGGUGACUGUUACUCUCCUUGUCACAAAAUGUUGCUUGUUUUGUUAUCAGAAGAUUGUGAGGAUAGGAAAGAAGAAGAAGGAGUAGAGCUGGUUGAGAUCUAUAAGUGGUAGGCGUGCUGGGCCAGAUUAUUGUGUUUUAAUUUACCAUUUAUGAUAAAGGUGUGGGGAGAUGGUUCUCAACAUUUUACAAGACUGUUACUUUCCUGAUCUGCUAUUUUAUUUCAGUGAAACAUUAGAGCAUGCAAUUCUAAUUUCAUAAUUCCUGAAAUAAUUCCAGUUUGGUGUUUGCUUUUACAUUUUAUCAUACCUCUUAAAAAUUCACAAUUAUUGAAACUUCCAUUUGAAAAGAAUAACGAUUUAUUUGCAUUUUCAGAAAUAGUGUGUCUUUAAAUACAAUGAUAACAAAAGCACUGUCCUGAGUCUGUACAGGUAAUGAGAAGGAAAUUAGAUAAAAUUGGGAAGAUCAACUCAGACUCUGAAGUGGAAGAGAGAAACUGCAGUUUCAACUCAGGUCAAAUUAUACUAAGGCAAAUGUGACUGAAAUUUUGUAGAGACCAUGGGGCCUGUGUUGAUGUCCUCAUGCACUAAGACUGUGGGCAGAAUUAUAGAAGUUCGGCACCAACCUGGGCAACCAUGGAAGACUCUGUCUUAGGGAAAGGAAAGGGCAAGAAGAAAAUUUAAGAUAUUCAAUACAUGGGCUCCAAAUACCAAAAAGGAAGGUAAAAUAUUUAUCUUCAACGUAAGUGAAGAAUAAGAAGAAAAGGAAAAAGAAAAUGGGGUAAGGAAAUUUAGAGACAGAAAAAGGGACAUGAGUGGGAAGGUAGAAGGAGGUUAGUAAAAAAGGGACAAGCUGUGGCAUAUACAUGGACCUCAUCCUCAAGUUGAAACUAGAUGCAUGUACUACAAACAUGUACUAUGAAAAUUCAAAUUAAAAUUAAAGAAAGAAAAAGGUUAGAAGAUGUAGCUCAGUGGUAGAGUAUCCAAAACAUGCACACACACACUAUAUUCAAUUCCUAGCUGUAAUUGUGUAGCUUUGUGAUAUCUUUGUAUAGAAAAAAAGGUGUCUUCUAUACAAUCUUAAAUAUUCACAAGUUAAUAUUCUGGACUUUGAAAUUCUAAGAAAUUUUGUAUGAAAAGGAAAAUAAAUGUUUACAACUUUGAAAAUGUG